AUGGGCUAUGCAAGACCUAGAAAGCAGCCCUUGCGAAGGGUAUCCGUCCAUGUGCAAGAGAAAAUGUACCGACAGGUGCAGCAAAUGCUGGAGAAAGGAGGUUCAUUCUUUUCUGAAAUCACAAAUUUAUUUUUCAGUGUGCCAAAUGGUGUACCUGCUAUGGACACGGAUAUGGCUGAUUCUGACUUGGAGAUGAUUUGUAGUGACCUUGACAUUCCAGAUGACAUACAACAGCGGGCCUGUAACAUGCUCAAUCUGCUCAAAAGCAAGGAAGAUAUUUUGAAGAUUCCAAAAAUGGAGAUAUUGGCAUGUGCUGUCUACAUUGCUGUUGUUGAUGCCAGGAUGCCAUAUGGACCUUUUGACCCACAGCUGCAGUGUGGGUACCUGGAACAACCAGCAGUCACUGUCACAGACAUCUUGGUUAAUGCUCAAGUUAGUGUACAAACCCUUUUUAGAAGAAUGCACCAGAUCAGAGAUGUGGUCGGUCUAAGUGAAGCAGUAAAGUAUCACCUGAAGUUUCUGGAGAAGAAAUAUUGCAUAGUGUCGGCACUUUCUCAUAGAUUUAACAGACUCUGUGAAAAUGUUUUUAAUGAAGAUCAAAAAGAAGAGACAAUAGCAAUCCCUAUUCCUCUGAGGGAGGGUGUGGAAAUCAGGAAACGCUUGUGUUGGACACUGUUUGUUCAUGCCAAAAGUGCUUUGUUGACAGAUGAGCAGAUUGUUGAUGCCUUUUACAUAUUGGUGUGUUGUCUUGAGUAUAUCCUUCGCACAGUCCCUGCAUUCCAGUUAAAUCCUCCUUUUGAUGCAGUAGUAAUGAACUAUAUAGACAAUUCUAAAGUACCAGGGGCAAGUACCAACAUGCUACAGAAACUAGCUGAGGAAUUGAAAUUGUGCUAUGAAGAGGUGCAGUCAGUUCAAGUUAACAGAACGGAACCAUUUAUACAAAGUCUACCUCAUACAGAUGGUGAAUUAGAUAUAAAGAAACUUACAGAAUCAUAUGAGAAGCUUUAUCACCAGGAGGGAGAUAUCAAUGAACUGCGUUUCUUAGACAACGACCCUCAUCUAGUAGCUUUAGAACAGCACGGUGAAAAGUCAUCACCUUCCAAAGAAAACCAUGCUGAUCCACCCAUGACACCUAUUCGAGCAGCAUUAAAUACCGUACAGCAGCUGAAAAACAUCCUUAGCUCUUCACAGGAUGAACCAAGUGCCAAAUUGCAAGAAUUUUACGAGAAAUGCUCAGGACAAAAUCCUGCCAAAGAUAUUGCAGACCGUGUGGUGCAGAUGGAGGAGGUUUUCAUAAAACGGUUUGUGAACUUGACAAGCUCAAAUCAGCAGUCUGUAGCAGAACAGAGGUUCACGUUGGCAAAGUGCCUGUAUUACAGAGUGCUGGAGGCUAUGUUACAGACGGAGAAGGAGAGACUUUCCAAAACUGACUUCAGUACACUUCUGAAAAUAGAAACUCUCCACAAGUCCCUUGUCGCCUGUUCUGUUGAGAUCGUCCUGAUGACCUAUGGUGUGUCAUGGAACCCAGUCAUAAAGGCUCUGGCAGCUGGAGAUUCCAAGUUUGCAUUUCCAUGGAUACUUGAAGUGUUCGAAAUCCAUCCAUACGACUUCUACAAAGUGCUGGAUAGUUUCAUCAAAGCAGAGCCAAUUCUGACGAAAGAAAUUGUAAAGCAUCUCCAGUCCAUUGAAAUCAAGAUAUUGGAAAGCUUUGCUUGGGAAGAGGGUUCACCGCUGUUUCAUCUACUCUAUGAUAGCAUCCCUGCCUCUCCCCCUGAUGCUUCCAGCCAUGAGAUAACUCCGUCCAGUGCUGAUCUCUACCUUUCUCCAAUGCGCCCGCCCCUGAGGACAAAAGCUGUUUCUACUGCUGGGGCGGUUCUUAGAACUACACCUGUAACAACACCACAAGACAGUCCCGAUAAGCCCCCACCCAGACGCUCGCAAUCCCUUCAAAUCUUUCUCAACAAAGUUUCCAGACUUGGUUUUCACAGGCUACAACAGCUUUGUAAUUUAUUAAAUGUACCAAGAGACUUGCAACGUAAAAUAUGGGCAUGUUUUGAAUACUGCAUCACAAGAAAGCCAGAUCUUCUCAAGAACAGACAUCUUGAUCAGAUCAUGUUGUGUUCCUUAUAUGGCAUCUGCAAAGUUGUGGAGCAGGAAAUCAAAUUCAAGUCCAUAGUCCAGACAUAUAAAGAUCUACCUCACUCCCAGCAGCAUGUAUACAAGAGUGCUUUGAUAGAAGGUGACAAGUCCGAUUCCAUAAUUGGUUUCUACAAUAAAGUAUUUAUGCACAAUAUGAAGUCUUUCAUCCUGCAGUUUGUUUCAAGACAAGCGGUAAGUGGAAACACUCCACAAUUAUCACCAGUGGUAGGAUCCUCACCAUUAAAUUCACCAAUCUAUGUUGUCUCCAGCAGACGCGGUUUCUAUGUUUCUCCACUACGAGACUCUCCGUUUAAACCACCACCUUCGCCUAGCCAGCUGACACCUAGAAGCAGACAGCUGUACAACUUCGGAGAAAGGAUUGGGUCGUCUGAGAAGUUACAGCGAAUCAACGAGACCAUGGUGAGAGCUCGAAGUGGAAGUGUGACGCCUCGUAGCCAGAAACGUCUAAUGUUUGACCAAAUGGAUGAACCAGAUGCACAAAGCAUGGCAUUACCUGAUGAUUGUGCUGUGAUAAAGAAAAAGAAAGUUUCAAUACAAGGAACGGAGAUCACCACCAUGAAACACCAACCAAAAUAUAUAAGAAAUGAUUCUGUUCUUUGUACUUCACACAAGUCUUUGGUAAAUAUUUCUAAAAUCAAUAAUCUACCGGGACACUGCAAGAUUGGAGAGCAUGUAAUCAAGCUGACAACAGAUGAGCCAGUCAGGUCUAAGCCGUAUCCAGUUCCUCAUGCUAUGAGGGAGACGGUAAAUACAGAGGUCAAGACUAUGUUGGAAAUGGUGCCGGACUGCCAGAAGACAUUCAUUCUCCGAACAGAUGCGUCAAACGUAGGACUUGGAGCUGUUCUACUACAGGAAUGGGAAACAGAUAGUUAUCCAAUCGCUUAUGCUCCAUCCAUACUUGUACGGACGGAUGUUCGUGUUACAGACGGAUCACCAGCCGCUGGUGUAUAUGAACAAAGCCAAGCUGCUGAACUAAAGGAUCAUGAGAUGGACUUUGCUAUGACAGGACUACCAAUUCAGGAUUGA